UGGUAAGGGUAAUCACGUGAUCUUGUGUACUGUUAUUUGACAGCUGUCAAAUUAUUCAUGUAAAUUUCUGAUUCAUAUUAUCCAACAAAUAAAUAAAAAUGUCCAACGAGGUGGAAGAAACUAUGAAACGUAUCCAGUCCCAUAAGGGCGUUGUUGGAACCAUAGUUGUAAACUCAGAGGGGAUUCCAAUUAAAACAACGUUGGAUAAUACAACGACAGUGCAGUAUGCUGGGUUGAUUAGUUCUUUGGCAGAUAAAGCUAGAAGUGUUGUUAGAGAUUUAGAUCCAUCGAAUGAUUUAACGUUUUUACGAAUAAGAUCAAAGAAGCACGAAAUUAUGGUGGCCCCUGAUAAGGAAUUUAUAUUAAUUGUUGUACAGAGUCCCACAGACUAAAAAUAUAAGUGAUUUUAGCUGCUACUUAUGUUCUGUUGAUUAAUCAAUAUUUAAUAUUUUUUACUUUUUUUUGUUUUAUAUUUACUACUAAUAAAUUAUAAUUUUACAAC